AUGGGGAGGGCCAUCACCCCAGCAACCAGUCUGGCCCCGCCCGCCAGCCCCCGGCCCCCCAAGAUUCUAAGUUCCAUUGCUAGGGAGCCCCUGAGCCACCGACCCCGGGACCCCGACUGGGGACCCGAGGCCCCGCGACAGGGAGAAGCCCAGGGUGGCAACAGCAACUCCCGGGAAGGGAGCGACGUCUGCUGCCUCAGUUUCCCCACGUGGGGAAGGACCCCGGGCUGGGGCCCGAGAGGCCCAGCAGGCGUAGGCUGGGCGAAGGCGCCGCUGCACCGUGGGCCCCCCUGGCCUCGCGCAGGUGUUUGCUGCCUGGUCCUGGUCGCGCUGAGCCUGUGGCCGGAGAGAGCUGCGGCCCCGGGGCCACCGCCGGGCCCCCCUCGGGCCUCUCCAGACCCUCGGGCUGAGCUGGACAGCGCCGUGCUCCUGACCCGCUCGCUCCUGGCGGACACGCGGCAGCUGGCUGCCCAGCUGAGAGAAAAGUUCCCGGCUGACGGAGACCACAACCUGGACUCCCUGCCCAUCUUGGCCAUGAGCGCGGGGGCGCUGGGAGCGCUGCAGCUCCCCGGGGUGCUGACGCGGCUGCGGUCCGACCUGCUCUCCUACCUGCGGCACGUGCAGUGGCUCCGCCGGGCGGGUGGCCCCUCGCUGCGGACCCUGGAGCCGGAGCUGGGCGCCCUGCAGACCCGGCUGGACCGGCUGCUGCGCCGGCUGCAGCUCCUGGCAGCCCGCCUCGCCUUGCCCCAGGCGCCCCCGGACCCGCCGACGCCCCCCCUGGCGCCCCCCGCCUCGGCCUGGGGGGGCGUCAGGGCGGCCCACGCCAUCCUGGGGGGGCUGCACCUGACUCUCGACUGGGCGGUGCGGGGCCUGCUGCUGCUGAGGGCCCGGCUGUGAGCACCUGGCCGCGGCCCCUCCAAAGCCAGACCUUAUUUAUUUAUUUAUUGCGGGACUGGGGGUGCAGCAGCCAGAAAGCACCCCUGCGAGCUUCCCCUAGCUAGUGACUGCCCUCCAGGAGUCCCUGGCGGGGCAUGUGCCUUAUUUAUACUUAUUUAUUUAAAGGGUGGCAGGAGGCAGGUGGACACGGCGCCCCAAGCGGGCGGGAACUGGAGUCCCGGGCUCUUGGGGCUCUGAGAGCUGUAGCCACAGCGUCUCCCUGGCCUGCGCCCCUCAGCCGAAGGAACAUAUAUAUUAUUUAUUAAAUGACGACUUUCUGUUGGGGUGGGGCGGGAUGGGAAAAGGAGGCCUGGCUUUUUGUACAAAACAGAGUGAGAAGCCCGGGUGGGAGAGGGUGGCUUACACGUGUCCUCCUCAGCCACCUCAGGCGAUUUCUCUGGGGCCUGGGGGCUGCCAGUUGGGGUCCCCAGGGCAGCGGAGGGGAGAACACGGCUCUGACGGGCUGAGUCUGAGCCUGCUGCUGCCCAGCACUUGGCAGGCACCAAGAAAGAGUCCAUGGAAGAAGGACCACCACGAACAACAGGACAGAGCUCCCGGCGGGCUCCAGGCGGUUUGAACCCGCAGACAGGAAGCGACGGGAAGCCCAGCACUGCGGGGGGGG